CAGUGUUUUUCUCCAGGCGUCUAUAACCUAGUCUUGUGUCAAAACGCAGAAGAUAUUGAGAUCAUAUUGGGAAAAAAACCAGCUAAACCUCUUUAAUUUCUUAGCUCUGAAGGGCUCGUGUUAUUCGAAAUGGGGCUGAAUAACGUGCUGGUGUGGUCACAAGUGACGACGUAUUUAUUAGCCCUGUUGUUGGCGCUCUGUAUCAUCAUCCCAGUGUCUUUUCAUCUCGUAGAUUUCAAAGGUCACUGUCUCUUAUUCAGCAAUGGUACAUGGCGUGAAUCAGAUGGUCAACUGGUGGUUAAUUGGGGCCACCAAGGCUUCUGCACCUAUAAUAUAAGUUGGGCUGGUGUGUCCCUACUCAUUGCCCUUGUUCAGGUCUACCGAUUUAUAGCACAGAUAUGCAGAGGAACAGAGAGUUCUUUCCUGAGUGCCUUCUUUGACAUACUGCUAAGUCUUUUCAUGUCUAUGGCAGCCCUUGCUGGUGCGCUGAUGAUUACAAUUGGAUACCAGACCUGGUGCAAUGCCAUUAUGUUGCGAUUUGAAACGUGUGAAGAUGCAACUACUAACGACAUUGACCGAGAUGAUGGGAUCAACACUUCAAUGUUUUACAUGCAAUUUGGAACUGCGCAGUUUGGAGCCUGGACUUCUUGGGUUUGCUGGGUUGGUCUCUCCAUGUUUUCUAUGUUGAAAGUAUGCAAGUACCACCAGCAGGAAAAUAUUAGAGUUUCAAUGGCACGAGAACGAGCGAGACUUGUCGGAGACAGACAUUCACCCCUGAGGGAAUUGUAAUCACUAUUCUUUAAAUUUUGGAAGCAGCCAUGAUACUGAACAAAUUUAACUGUCACCUCCAGUUUUCACAUCUCAUUCAAGGCAGAGGAGAAGAUGAUUGACGGUCAUGUGGUGAAACUACUUUCUAGUUAUCAUGAUGGAUUGCAGCCUUCCCUACUUAGUGAUGAUUAUAGAUCAGUAUUUGAUGCUGAUGUAGACUUGUUAGAGUAAAAAAAUAAUACUUACUUUCCCCUGAAUUAGUACAUGAAAUACUAUCUUCACUGUACUAUUGGUAUAAGCUACACAGUAUGUAUGGUAUAUUAAGAGAGAACUUAUGAUUAUCAGUGCUACUGUCAAAUUGUCAUCAUUCUCAUUUUUAUUUUUACUUAUAUAGGACUACAGGAAUCUACUUUCAGCAGAAGAAAUAUUGAUUUCAUAAUACAUUUACAUGUUUUUCGUGUAAGGCAGUUCACGGUUAUCAGCAGACUCGGUUAAUGGCAAUCCGGUUUUAUGGGGCUUAUCUAGCCCCAUAAAAUCGGCAAUUUAUGGCGACAUAACGGGCCAAGUUUCAGUUAUCGGCACCAUAAGGUGCUGAUAAUAGCGUUGUGGUGCCAUAAUAUACCUAACAGAGGCGCCAUUAACCAAAACUUGGCACCUAAAUCGCAAGGUUUGGUUUAUGGCGGUUUUCGUUUAUCAGCACCCUGCCAAGAAUGGAACCCCCGCUGAUAACCAGGGACUGCCUGUGCUCAUUUUACCAAAUUUGAAGGGAAGAUAAAAGCACAAGAAAUUGUAUAAUGUAAAUAAGACUUAAGUAACAAAAUUUGAAAUGUUUUCAUGUGUUUGCAAAGGUAUGUCGUACAUUCCUUAACCAACUGUCUGAGGAAUGUUGCUCAGCAUGAGCUGCAAAUCUGUCUGAUUACUGCUGCUGUACAACUAAUGUAGAAUUAACAUUUUUUCCACAUUAUUAGUAAACAUUGAAAUGUUCAAGAAAAGUUAAGGGUACUGAAUUUUUUUUUUUUUAUAAAGCACAGUGUAUUUCCUUUUGGACAUUAGUUAUUGGUAGAUAACUUGUUACCUCUCUUUUGUAAAUUGGUAAAGACUUGUUUAUCAGUUGUCCAUUGUUGAAAUUUUUUGGCCGUGUGUCUUCCUAGUGUUUACUCUUCAAAAAAUAUUCAAUACUUGUAGUUUAAAAGGUUAUCUUUCAUGUGAGGAAUUUCACAGUUAAUAUCAUUAAGAGAAGUAUUGAGUAACCGCAGUUGUUUUUAACACUUGUCUACAUUUAUGUUUUUAAUGUUUGUUCAUUAGAGAGUCAUUUCAUAUAUAUUUUCAUGUCAUAAUCAUUUAUAUUAAUUUUUUAGGUAUUUGUAGCUUUCAUUAUUUCAUAUAAGACACUGAAUUACGUAUAUAUAAUAUAUAUUACUUAUAUAUGUACUGCACCCACAUUCAUGCACUCAACAUAUAUUUCAUGGGGAGAAAAGACAAUAGGGUUGAUUUGACUAUACUGUAUACGAUUCCUCUUACUUGCUCCCUCCAACAGUGUUAAUACAGUAUAAAUUAUAAUACAGUAUUUUGAAACAUACUGUAGGAUGCGUACAAAAACUAAAAUUAAACUCAGAUAAUCUGAUGUGUCAUUCUCUUAAAAAGUGGGGUGUCAAAAUUAUCUCUUUCAGGUUGCGCUACUGUAUCCUCUUGUCUUUGAAGUUGCUAUAUUAUAAAUGCCCCUUGAGUCAAGAAUUUAUUGGGCAGGUUAAUGUGUUAUUGAAUGCGUUCAUGUCGGAUAGAAAUUUGUUUCAAGAUUAUAAGUGAGGGUUUCAUAUGUUUGUAGUAUUUUGGCAAUAUAUAGUAUUCCAUUAAUAAGAUAAAUCAUCCUUUACAGGAAAGUUGGUGAAGGAAAGUUAGUUUACUGUAACCGUGCCAUAUCUGUAAUUAUUAUUUCAUUGUUGGUGGAAUAUUAAAAAAAAUAUUACAUAUGAUACUGCGUAAAUGAUGUUUACUCAUAGGUGGACGGUCAUUAUUUAAAAACUGUCAGGAUUAGCUUGAAGAAAUUCCUAAUUAUGCCUAAUGUAUGGUGAAAGCAACAUUGAUAGUAUUUGCUUUAAGUACCAUAUUUUAUUAUGGCACCUGUCAUUUGUUUAGGCUUCAUUUUAGUUGUGCUUCAUUGGGGCCAUUUGAUGUUUUCCAUGACUAAAAAAUUGUUUUCUUUGCAUAAUUUUAUUGCUAACCUAUUCAUGUGCUGUAUUUAUGGUUUUGUGCUUUGCCAAAGAAGAAAUACAAUACUGUAAUAACGUAAAUAGCAACGUGUAGUGAAACAUAUGCAACCAAAAGCAUAUUCUGUAUUCAGUGAUGGGUUGAAAUCUUCCAUUUUUGCAGUUAUGCUACAGCAUCUCUAGAUAGAAAAACUCAAUUAUCGUUACCUAAUGCGACUUCUGUGUUAACAGCAUGAUUUUUUUGACGAAUAUGCCUACUUUUAAAGUUUGUUAAAGAUACCUUCCCUAAGGUUUGUGAUUAUCCAAGUACUAGGAGUGCCUUAGAAGCACUUAAAAAUUAAUGUAAAAAUAUUUUUCCAUUCAACAGAUCAAAUGGAUUCUCCAUAACUAUUUUCAAGCUGGUAUAGGUUUUGAAGUGCAUAGGAUCGAUACGUUAAAGGAAAUAAAGGUGCCAAAAAGUGGCUAAAUCUGCAGAGGUUAUGAUUAAAUCAAAUAUCAUUAUUCCAUGAAUGAUUAUUUGACCUAGCCGGAGUCUGUUAGAAGGAAUAUAAGGCAAGAGUGAUGAAGUAGAUAAAAAUAUGUUAAGCCUUUUUAAACCAACAGUUGGUUAGUGGUAGGUACCAGUACAUAAACAAAAGCUUGUUGAAGUGGUAGUUAGUUAGUGGUAGGUACCAGUACAGAAAGAAAUGCAUGUUGAAGUGGUAGUUGGUUAGUGGUAGGUACCAGUGCAUAAAGAAAAGCAUGUAGAAGUUGUAUUAUCACGCUGAGAAUUGGCCACACCAGUUUAAUGCUGUUACAUAAUAGGGACCCCUCAUGAUCAUUUCCCAUGUAUAGAGAAUGCAACGCUUCAUAAUCAAAACACCAUACUUAGUGAGAAUACUUAAAUUUCAGUGGCUUAAUGACAAGAUUGGACACAAAUCAAUCAAAGAAAUUUUUAAUGCAACGUUUACGUUCUACUUGUGCAUUUGCGAAGAUGAAGUUUAAUAUAUUGGACAGAAUAUUAAAGAACCCUCCAGUCAGCACUGUUCGUGUUAAUAUUUUUAACUUGCUAGUCUGGUUAAAUGACCUUUUAUAACUAACAAAAGAGCAUCCAGUUUCAUUUCAUUGCUUUGAGCCAACCUGUAUAAGGCCUGUCAUUGGAAGUAUUAAUGACAGAAUAAAAGUACCUUGUCUCAUUUGAGUGUAUUGUAUAAUCUAGUUCUUUAAUUCUGACGCAGAUGUUUAAAUUCAAGUGGCUGAAGUUUAAGUUCAUUUCAUUUUUGUUGUAUUAGCUUCUAUUUCUGUGUCUGAUAUUUGCUGUGUAAGCCACAUGGAAAAUUAUUUAAAAUUAGUUUUUGACAUAUUUUCAAACUUAUGUACUGAAUAUAUCUUGCUGUUGCAGUUUUUAAUUUAACAUUACAAAUUUUAAAAGUAUUGAGAGUAAGUUGACUUCUAAAAUUGUAUCAUUCCUACAGAUUUCUUUUACGUUUGAUGCCCUGAUAUUUUAUGCCUAAGUUUAUCGCAUUGUUAGAAGUUCAAGGUGAGGACGUCCGUAUUGACCGUAAUGUACCCAGACUUUACCUGUAUACAUAGAUUUUUAUUUGUCGUGUUGAGUGAGGUAUGAGUGUGUGAAUACAAUAAACUUACCAAAACUCUAUAGAUAUCCUGGUUUAGGGUGUAAAACCCAAAAUGUAUAUAGUGUGAGUACCCUCAUGAUAUAUACAGUACCCAUAUUUGGUAUCUUUGUCAGCUCUAAAUUUGAGCAUUUAUCAUUUGCUGACUUUGGUGAAUAAUGACUUCAAAUUUUGUGGAUUGUUAAAUUUUUUUUUAAAAAGAUUUUUGACUUCUGUCAUUUUUUUUUUAAGUUUUUGCAAAGUUGUUUAGAGUUCAGCAAACUAAGAUGAUUGUAAAGUGAAUUCUUGUAGUACUGUAUUUUAUGAGUCCACUGUAUAGAAUAUAGAUCAUCCACAUAUUUUACAAUGAAGUAACGAUCAAGUGCUUGAAUGAAAUUUUUGUGUAGUGUCUAUUUUUGUUCCUGAAGCGAAGAAGUAAUGAGGGUGUGUAUUCCCAUGUUUCAAAGUGAAUUGUCUUGGAUCUAUAAGACGUGUAUUCUUUAUCAAUGUAUGGGACUGUAAUGAUGUAUUUUUAUAUAUAUUAGUCAUUAAUUUAUCCGUUGUAAAUCUUGAACUAUUAGGUAUAAUAAGGCUUGUACACAUUAACAGAAUUUUCACAAUGAAGUACGAUGGUCUUAGUUUUUGUACUAUUGUAGCUUGUAAUUUUGUAUUGAAGAAAAUAUAGUCUUAAAUGCCAAGA